CAGGGCCUGCGGGUUCUAUCUCUCUCCUUCCUAUAAAAACCACACUCUCUUCUCACCAUCACUCGGGUGCAGUGGUGUACCAGACUACUUGCUUGAGAGAGAGAGAGAGCAUGGGGAGGUCGCCGUGCUGCGAGAAGGGGCACACGAACAAGGGCGCCUGGACCAAGGAGGAGGACCAGCGGCUCGUCGCCUACAUCAAGGCCAACGGCGAAGGCUGCUGGAGGUCGCUCCCCAAAGCAGCGGGCCUGCUGCGGUGCGGGAAGAGCUGCCGGCUGCGGUGGAUGAACUACCUGCGGCCGGACCUCAAGCGCGGCAACAUCACCGAGGAAGAAGACGAGCUCAUCAUCAAACUCCACCAGCUCCUCGGAAACAAGUGGUCGCUAAUCGCCGGGAGGCUGCCGGGACGGACGGACAACGAGAUUAAGAACUACUGGAACACGCAUAUCAAGCGCAAGCUCCUGGCCCGCGGCCUUGACCCGCAGACGCACGGCCCGGUAAAUUCCAUCGUCGCUGGUGUCGCAUCAAGCGCCCACCACCAGGACAACCCAGCGGUGCGCUCCAGCUGCUCGCCGCAGAGCAGCAGCACUGGCCACAGCAGCGACUACGGCAGCACGUCCGUGACGCACCCCAGCGACAUCGACCUCAACCUCUCCAUAAGCCCGCCGAGGCCGAGCCAACCGUCGUCGCCGCCGCCGAAGCUAGAAGCAGAAGCAAGAGGCGGUGCGACGUCCAGUGCGAAGACAACAGCUCGUACAAAUUAACAAGGGAUACUAGCUCGUAGGACAGGAUCUGUUUAGAAUGUUUUUUCUCCUUAAAUCGUACGUUGUUGCCUACCGCCUUAAUUAGUUGCAUGCCCCUCUUUCUGGCAUUUUGCUAGAAAAUAUAUGGCGGUGGCCCCCUCAGUUGUCUCUUACCAUCUUACAUGGCGUCACAUCGAUCACCAAAUACAAUGUGGGGACUGGAGAGUGAAGAUGCAGAGAGUGGAGAUGCAUAGAGCUAAAAUGUUGUCGCUUCGUAACGACCCUCAGCGGUUGCGGAGAAAUAAAAAAAAAAGGCACAAGAGACGAUUGAAAAAUGCCAUUGGGACGCUGGUGCCAUAGAGUGUGUAAUGUAAU